AUGGCGUUAGAUGGUGUACCGGCAAAAAUAAUCGCCAUGAUCAAGGCCUAUUAUCGCUCCACUCCUGCGAAAGUCCUGGUCCGCAAAAAUCCUUCCCAACCGUCUGGUAUUCGGUCUGACGUUCGACGGGGUUGGAUCCGGUCACCUAUUCUGUUCAACUAUCCUAUUGACGGGAUCCUCGAGAGGGCCGUACAUGAGGGUGAUGGCGUUGAGUUUGCACCCGGACACCGACUGACUGAACUCAGCUAUGCCGAUGAUGUCGUCUUACUUGCUUCAAGUUUUGGUGAUCUGCAGUCUAUGGUGUCACGGGUGAAUGAGAAAGCUAAAUCGGUCGAUUUAUCCAUAAACGCUGGUAAGACUAAAGCGUUUUCUGAUUGCAUCCCUGACCAGGAGAAGGCUCCCCUCGGGAUUAAUGGCUGUCAACUUGAAGAAGUGGACAGUUUUAAAUACCUCAGGACGAGGCUGCUGCCUAAUGGACAGAAUAAGGACGACAUUGUCUCCCGAAUCGAUGCUGCCCGCUAG